AAAAAAGCUCUCCACGCCCAAAAAACAAAAAAAGGAAAGAGACAGAAGAAGAAUCUAAAGCAACAAUGGCGAUGGCUUUCAAGAUGGCGACGACGGGGAUGCAUGUGACGGAGGAGUGUACGAGCUCGUUCUUGGAGAUGAAGUGGAAGAAAGUGCAUAGAUACAUCGUGUUCAAGAUCGAAGAGAAUUCCCGUAAAGUCACCGUCGAUAAAGUCGGCGGCGCCGGAGAAAGCUAUAGCGAUCUCGCUGCUUCUUUACCGGUGGACGAUUGUCGCUACGCCGUCUUUGAUUUCGACUUCGUCACCGUCGAUAACUGCCGCAAGAGCAAGAUCUUCUUCAUUUACUGGUCGCCGGAGGCUUCGAGGAUAAGGGCAAAGAUUUUAUAUGCGACGUCAAAAGCCGGGCUAAGAAGAGUUUUGGAAGGGAUUCACUAUGAGCUUCAAGCCACUGAUCCGACCGAGAUGGGGUUCGAUAUUAUCCAAGACCGUGCCAAAUAAUUAAACUAAUUAUGUUUGGAAUAACAUAAAAAUAUGAUUUGACUGACUUUGUUAUCGUUAACAUUGAUUAAGGUAUCAAUUAAUGUUAAUUAUUGCUGGUUAGUGCUUACUUUUUUUGUAUCUUUUACAUUUAGUCUUUACCAGCAACACCUUUUUUAAUUGUAUGUUUGACGUUGAUUUAUCUCUUUUUGUCGAUUA